AUGCCCCCUUUGCGGCCUUGGGGACCCAUUUUUGAAGAGAUUACUCUACCUCAGACUAGGAUGUCCUCGACUGUCUUCUCAAUGCUGCCCACAUCCCUUCAGUCACGGCUGCCGCCGCUGCGGUCCAUCCGCAAGAGCGCGAGUAUGCAAACCCUAACCUCAACCAGGCAGUCUCACACCCGAUCUCUCUCCGGCCUCGACGGCGUACAUCCCAACAUCACUCAAGCCCGGAUUAUCUCGGAGAGCACGGAGGAGCACAUGCUAGUAGCCACCGAACAUCACCAGUCGCGGACGUUUGAGGUCCGAUCCGCGGCCGACAAGCACGAGCAGCAACGGCAGCAAGCCGAGCAGUACGAGCAACAGCAGGCUGCUAGCCAGUGCUCAAAUGUGGAUUGGCGAUUUGCCCAGCAAGGUCUGGCAUUGAUUGCCGUGGCUCAGGACGAAUUGCGCCGUCCCUCAAAGCGCCCAGCAGUCGACUUUGAGCGGAAAGCUUUCCUCGAUGGUGUCGAAUACAUUCUCAAGGCACUACCCGCUGAUCUGAACGAGCAUGAGCUACACCGUCUUCGCACAUCAACGCCAUCCAACUUCAUUCCCCCGUCCAGUCCUGGCGGCCGGGCAUACUCGCCGUCUCGCGGAGCGAAUGGCGGAAGAUCGAUCCUUCACCGAGGUGUUCAGACCGCCGUCGUCAAUAUUUUCAUCCUCCUUCACCUAGCACUGCCAUAUAUCAUCCUCUUUCUGAGGUUAGCGGCUCGCACAGAGAGAGAGUAUAGGAUAUCUGAGAAUCUUGUGGGCGCCGGUAUGAGUUUUGCGAAUGCCGUCGGCAGUAAAGGCAUGAGAAUAACUGGAGCUUUAUGCAACGUGGGCGAUGGUAGAGUUGGCCAGGCACUCACAGAAGCCAUCGCUUGGACUGUUGAGGGCUUCACAGGUGGUCUAUCCGAUGGCGUUGGCGAGGGCCUUACCAUUGUGGGCGCGAAGCGACAAUGA